CCCUAGAAAGCAUUUUGAUCAGACGCACGAGACAAACAGAGACGCCAGCUCCUCUUUCAUAUCGCUCCUUGUUUCUUGCGUGCGAUUAUUCUUAUAUAUCUUUCCCAUCCCCCCACUCAUUAGGGCACGAACUAUAUAUUUGAUAUUCCUCGAAGCUCUUUGUUUGUGUGUAAUCUGUGGCCCUCGAAAUGGACACGGCGGAGGUGGUGCAGAAGGUGGUGUUCGAUUCGGGUGAGGCGGCGGCGAUGGUAGAGGAGCUGAGGGCGAGUUAUAGGUCUGGGAAGACGAUGAGCUACGAGUGGAGAGUGUCGCAGUUGCAGAAGCUGGAGAAGGUGACGGAGUUUCAUGAACAGGAAAUCGUUGAGGCCCUCCGGUCGGACCUGUCUAAACCGGAAUUCGAAGCCUUCGUUCAAGAGAUAGGCAUGUUGAAGAGCUCGUGUAAAUUGGCAAUCAAACAACUGAAGUCAUGGAUGAAGCCAGAGAAGGCUAAAACUUCAAUAACCACUUUCCCUUCGUCAGCUGAAAUAGUGUCUGAGCCUCUUGGUGUUGUACUAAUAAUUUCAGCAUGGAAUUAUCCUUUCUUGUUGUCCCUUGAUCCAGUUGUUGGAGCCAUUGCAGCUGGUAAUGCUGUAGUUCUAAAACCAUCAGAACUUGCUCCUGCCACAUCGUCAUUGCUUGCAAAACUAUUAGGUGAGUAUAUGGAUAGCUCUUCUGUGAGAGUUGUUGAGGGGGCUGUUGCUGAAACAUCUGCACUACUGGAGCAGAAGUGGGACAAAAUAUGUUACACAGGCAACGGAAGAGUGGGAAGGAUUGUGAUGGCUAGUGCUGCAAAGCACCUUACACCUGUCCUUUUGGAGCUUGGAGGAAAAUCUCCUGUUGUUGUUGAUUCUGGCAUCAACUUACAAGUUGCAAGUAGGCGGAUAAUUGCAGGAAAGUGGGGCUGUAAUAAUGGACAGGCUUGCAUUUCCCCUGAUUACAUUUUAACAACAAAAGAUUUUGCUUCUAAAUUGGUGGAUGCCUUGAAAAGUGAAUUGGAGAACUUCUAUGGGAAGAAUCCACUACAAUCAAAAGAUUUGUCUCGUAUUGUGAAUUCUAAUCACUAUGCUCGCUUGACAAAGCUGUUGGAUGAGGAUAAGGUUUCUGGUAAGGUCAUCCAUGGAGGUGAAAGGGACACAAGCAACUUGAGGAUAGCUCCCACCAUCUUACUCGAUGUCCCACAAGACUCCCUGAUUAUGCAGGAGGAGAUCUUUGGUCCAUUGCUUCCUAUUAUCACGGUUGACAAGAUAGAAGACAGCUUUGAUUUGAUAACCUCAGGAACAAAGCCACUUGCUGCAUAUUUGUUUACCAACAACCAGAAGCUGAAGGAUCACUUCGUAAGGAAUAUAUCUGCAGGAGGUUUGGUUAUCAACGACACUACCAUUCAUCUUGCUGUUCCCUCCUUGCCAUUUGGAGGAGUUGGGGAAAGUGGAAUGGGUGCAUACCAUGGGAAAUUCUCCUUUGAAGCCUUCAGCCAUAAGAAAGCAGUUGUUUAUCGAGGUUUUUCUGGAGAUGCUUCUGUGAGGUACCCUCCAUACACAAAGGGGAAGCUAAGACUUCUAAAGGCUCUGGUCGGUGGUAGUCUAUUGGGCAUAAUCCGCGCUCUAUUUGGAUGGUCUAAGGCUUAAAAAGGACUCUGUUUGUGUGCUUGAUGUAAUUUCUUCUUCGUAUUGUUAGUCUUCUCUUACAAUGUGGCAUUUCAGUUCUGAUUACAAUUGAACCAGGUUUGGUUACACAAAUGAAAAGGGAUAAGGUUAGGGUGAAAGAUGUAUAAGUUGUCGAUAAACGUUACAAGUUUUUCAGUAUUUCUAAGCAUCCGAUCUGGGCUUCUGCCAUUGUAUUCAUUUCUAAAGCUCUAAACACUGUUUAGUAUAGAAACAUCGGGUUUGUUACCCUGCAAUAUACAAGACCCCAAGCUACUCUUUCUUGGGUGAUAACUA